CCGGUCCCCGCCUGGUCCCCGCCCCCUGGAAACAGAAACCCAGCUGCAUCCUCAUACUCAUUUUACCUUUCUGAAGUGCUGAAGUGUCAUACGGUGUAGUAUGACUGGACUGUGACUGGGCGUGGAUUUCUCUUAUCAGCAGAUAUUUAACAGACGCUGACUUUGAUUAUCAUCGUAGUCAGUCAUGGGUCUCCUUGGAACACAGUCAUGGACACUGUGUGUCUUUUUGUGUUGGAUGUGUGUGAAUCUAGCAUCAGCUGAACCACAUUAUAUGGUGGCCAUUCCUGCAGUUCUUGAAGCUGGAGCUGAGACCAGGUUCUGUGCGAGUCUCCUGCAGCCCAGCGAGACUCUGGUCAUGACUGUCUCUUUGAAAAAUCAAGAGAACAACACAAUCCUGUUGGAAAAGACAUCCAGUGAAGAGUUUCACGAGUGCAUUCUGUUUCAGGUUCCUUUGGUGAAAACCGAAGAGGUGCGGACCCUCGAGGUCUUUGUAAGAGGGGACACAUUUCACUCAAAAGAAGUCAGGAAAAUCAUGAUCAAAGUUUACAAGCCAGGAAUGUUUGUCCAAACAGAUAAACCGAUCUACAUCCCUGGACAAACAGUGCAUUUCAGAGUUGUCACACUGGACUUCAAGUUUAGACCCGUUAGUCAGCUGUAUGACGUCAUCACACUUGAGGAUCCUUACAAAAACAGAAUUGGACUAUGGCUGAAUGAAUCAUCCAACAGUAAAAUACUGCAGCUUUCUUAUGAUUUGAGCUCCGAAGCACGACAAGGAAUUUACAGGAUCAUUGUGUCAGUGGGUGAAGAUGAAUUAUAUCAUGACUUCAAGGUGGAAAAGUAUGUUUUACCCAAAUUUGAUGUAACAUUAACUGUAAAAGAAAAAUUAAGUAUCAGGGAGGAAGAAUUUGAUGUGAAAGUAUGUGCAAAGUACACAUAUGGACAACCUGUGCCAAGUACAGUUAUAGUUAAGGUGUGCCGGCCUCCUGGUAUC